GCCUAAACCCUGUAAGCCUUCAAACAACAUCGACAAUAUCGAUGAAAACAUGGAGAAACUACCAGAACCACUGUCUGCACAAGAUAAAAGCUCAUUUGCAUAUCUGACAAUCAGAGACAGACUACCUGUUAUUUUGUCAAGAGUAGCCGACACAGUUUACAGAAAGAAAGUAGCCAUAAAGGACAGUCAUGGAGAGGAUGCAACUCAUGAGUUGAAAUUCAUUGCGGGGUGCAUCUCCAAACUGCGGAAUGAACUCCAGACCAACAAAGCUGUUAUACCAUUAAAGGACAACGCCUCAGACACUGAAGUCUGGAAUGCUUCCAUAGCUGCAGAAACAGACAAAGAGGGACAGGAGCCCAAGUGGUUCGUGUCCCCUUGGCUAUACGUCGAGUGUUACAUGUAUCGUAGGAUCAUGGAGGCAAUCAACCAAUGUAAAGUGUUACAUGAAUUGGAUCCUUUUGAGGAGCAGAAAAUGAAGGCAUUCACUGGCUCGGAGGAAGCUAUAGAGGUUUUAUUGCAUUACCUGAAGGACAUCACUGAGAAGAUAGAAGCAGCGACUGAAGAGGACAAAGAUGAAUACUUCACAGAAUUUUUACAGAUUGCAUUAUGGGGAAAUCGUUGUGAUCUCUCAAUAUCAGCUUCUCAGGAAAAUUCCCAGACAGAAUCCAUUCUAGAUCAACUCCACCACCUAGAGUCUAAUAUUCUAAUUAAUGACACGAAGCAAGUCUUACACUGUCUCAAAUCCAACACCAGAGACAGAAACAUUGAUAUAGUGCUGGACAAUGCUGGAUUUGAACUCAUUACUGAUCUUUGUUUAGCGGAGAUUCUGUUAGCAUGUGGAUGGGCGGAUUGUAUUCGAAUGCACGGGAAGGCAAUGCCAUGGUUUGUCUCUGAUGUCACAGCAAGAGACUUUCAGUGGACGCUCGAUUCUCUUUGUAAAUCUUCAAGACCUGCAAUGGCUUACUUUGGUAGGCAGUGGUCUCAGCGGUUAGAAAACAGUUCUUGGAAGCUCACCUGUGAAGAUUUCUGGACAACCCCUUAUGAUUUCGCUGAAAUGAAAACUCAUGCAUCUAGUCUGUAUGAAAGUUUUAGAGACACAAAAAUAAUAUUUUUCAAAGGGGACUUGAAUUACAGGAAACUUCUUGGGGAUUUGAAUUGGAAUCCAACCACACCAUUUGAGGUCACUCUUAGAGGUUUUCAUCCAGCUCCUCUGUGUGCUCUAAGGGCCUGUAAAGCUGACCUGAUUGCAGGAUUGGCCCCUGGUCAGAAAGAAACAGUAGAGAAACAGGACAAGAAAUGGAUGAUAAAUGGAAAUUGGUCCGUUAUAUCAUUCUGUGGGAAAUCAAACCAAUGAUUAAAGUUUUUACUAUUUGCCAUAUUUUUUAUUUUUCUACAGCUAAAAUUAUUUGUUAUAUUAAAUAAAAUUUUAUUCCUUUUGUAUAAAUUAUUCCAAUUAUAGAAUUGUUACCACUGUGAAAUAAAUUUUUGCUUCAUGGA